ACACGAUACCUACGCUGAGCUCGCUCGACCUUCGACAAUACACCCAACCACCUUCCACCCGCCCGGUCGCGUGGAGCCUUCUCUGUGCAUGAGAAUAUCGACCUAGUCGUCACCACUGUCGUCGACCCUUAAUACCCAGCAUUCUUUCCAGCAUGGCGCCCAACGACGAUGUUGAGCGGCCUCGCGCCAGCUCUGCUGCUGAGCGGCAGAAGUCCAUUGUCUCCAUGACCGAGUUCGAGGGCAUGGACGAGUACACGGCGCUUCAAAAGUACAUCCUCUUCUACCGCGACACGCGCACCAACCCGCACGCCGAGAAGACCGUCAAGAAGAAGGCCUGGUGGCAGUUCUGGAAAUCAGGCUCCGCCACGGCCGCCACACCCAUUGAGGACUCCGGUGCCGUCCCCGACGAGCUGGUCAACACCCAGCUUCGCUCCGGUCUCACUUCGCAAGACGUCGAAACCCGUCGCAAGCGUUAUGGCUACAACGAGAUCUCGUCUGAGAAGACGAACCUCCUCAAGCAGUUUCUCGGUUACUUCACUGGUCCCAUUCUCUACGUCAUGGAGCUCGCUGCUCUUCUCGCUGCCGGUCUCCAGGAUUGGGUAGACUUCGGUGUCAUUUGCGGUAUCCUGUUGCUCAACGCCAUUGUCGGUUGGUACCAGGAGAAAGGUGACAUUGCCAUGAAGGCAAUCGUCGUCCGUGACAACCAGCAACAGACCAUUCUCGCCCGUGAGCUCGUCCCCGGUGACAUUGUCGUCGUCGAGGAGGGUGCUUCCGUUCCCGGUGAUGUCCGUCUUAUCUGCGACUACGACCACCCCGAGGACUUCGAACUGUACAUGAAGCUCAAGGAAGAGGACAAGUUCCAUGAUGCCGACCCUGAUGAUGAGAAAGACGAGGACGUUGACGAGGAGAAGUUCGACGAGGAGAACCCCAUUACCCAGGGCCACGCUCUUGUUGCUUGCGAUCAGUCUUCCAUCACCGGUGAAUCCCUCGCUGUCGAGAAGUACAUGGGAGAAAUCGCCUACUACACCACUGGUUGCAAGCGCGGCAAGGCCUACGGUAUUGUCAUUGCCACUGCUAAGCACUCUUUCGUCGGUCGCACUGCUUCCCUUGUCCAGGGCGCCCAGGACCAGGGUCACUUCAAGGCUAUCAUGAACUCUAUCGGUACGGCGCUCCUCGUCUUGGUCAUGUUCUUCAUCCUCUUGGCCUGGAUCGGUGGUUUCUUCCGUCACAUUCCCAUCUCCGUCGCUCGUGAGGGUACCGACAAGUCCGUCACCCUUCUCCACUACGCUUUGAUCAUGUUCAUCGUCGGUGUCCCAGUCGGUCUUCCCGUCGUCACCACCACCACCCUCGCUGUCGGUGCUGCCUACCUCGCUGAGCAGAAGGCUAUUGUCCAGAAGCUCACCGCCAUUGAGUCCCUUGCCGGUGUCGACGUUCUCUGCUCUGACAAGACCGGUACCCUCACUGCCAACCAGCUGUCUCUUCGUGAGCCUUACGUCGCUGAGGGCCAGGAUGUCAACUGGAUGAUGGCUGUUGCCGCUCUUGCGUCUUCCCACAACCUCAAGUCCCUCGACCCCAUCGACAAGGUUACCAUCCUUACCAUUCGCCGCUACCCCAAGGCUCGUGAGAUCCUCAACAUGGGCUGGAAGACCGAGAAGUUCACCCCCUUCGACCCUGUCUCCAAGCGUAUCACUGCCAUCUGCCACAUGGGUGGUGACAAGUACGUCUGCGCCAAGGGUGCCCCCAAGGCCAUUGUCAACCUUGCCAACUGCGAUGAGGAGACUGCUCGCCUCUACAAGGAGAAGGCUGCUGAGUUCGCUCGCCGUGGUUUCCGUUCGCUCGGUGUCGCCUACCAGAAGAACGACGGUGACUGGAUCCUCCUUGGUCUCAUGUCCAUGUUCGACCCUCCCCGUGAGGAUACCGCUCAGACGAUUGUUGAGGCUCAGCAGCUCGGUGUUCCCGUCAAGAUGUUGACUGGUGACGCUAUUGCCAUUGCCAAGGAGACCUGCAAGAUGCUUGCUCUCGGAACCAAGGUCUACAACUCCACCAAGCUCAUUCACGGCGGUCUCACCGGUACUACCCAGCACGACCUUGUCGAGCGCGCCGACGGUUUCGCCGAAGUCUUCCCCGAACACAAGUACCAGGUCGUAGAGAUGUUGCAGCAGCGUGGUCACUUGACUGCCAUGACCGGAGACGGUGUCAAUGACGCCCCUUCGCUCAAGAAGUCUGACUGUGGUAUUGCUGUCGAGGGUUCCACCGAGGCUGCUCAGGCCGCCGCUGAUAUCGUCUUCCUUGCCCCUGGUCUGUCUACGAUCGUCUUGGCCAUCAAGACUGCCCGCCAGAUUUUCCAGCGUAUGAAGGCCUACAUCCAGUACCGUAUCGCCCUCUGCUUGCACUUGGAAGUCUACCUCGUCACCUCCAUGAUCAUCCUCAACGAGACCAUCCGCGCCGAGCUUAUUGUCUUCCUCGCCCUGUUCGCUGAUUUGGCUACCGUUGCCGUUGCCUACGACAACGCCCACUCUGAGCCCCGCCCUGUCGAGUGGCAAUUGCCCAAGAUCUGGCUGAUUUCCGUCAUCCUUGGUCUCUUGCUCGCUCUCGCUACAUGGGUCAUCCGCGGAACUCUGUUCCUUCCCAACGGUGGUAUCAUUGUCAACUUCGGUGCUAUCCAGCCCAUCCUGUUCCUCGAGGUUGCUCUCACUGAGAACUGGUUGAUCUUCGUUACCCGUGGUGGAAAGACUUUCCCCUCCUUCCAGCUUGUCGGUGCCAUUCUCGGUGUCGAUGCUCUCGCUACCAUCUUCACCCUCUUUGGCUGGAUGUCAGGUCACCCUUACCAGACCAACCCCCCUACCAUCAACAGCAAGUUCCGUGAUGACGGCUGGGUCGACAUUGUCACCGUUGUCCUCAUCUGGGCUUACUCCAUUGGUGUGACCAUCAUCAUUGCCAUCGUCUACUACCUGCUCAACGCCAUCCCAUGGCUCGACACCCUCGGCCGCAAGGACCGCCACAGGAAGAACCCUCACAUCGAGAACAUGAUCUCUGCUCUUAGCAAGCUGUCUCUCGAGCACGGAACUGACAAGAACGGCACCACCCGCUACGUCCUUGCUCCCCGCGCUGUUGAGGAGGAGGAGGAUGAUUAGAUGUGUGCGCCUUACGAUAGCGAUGUGUAGUUGGAUACGUAUGACGGUAUAGGGUUUCGCGAGCCCACCGACUCUUGUCACUAUUGCAAGAGUCUAAUUUCUAAUCGCUGUCUUUACUAGUCUUCGAUGUAUACCAAGAAGCAUAAUUUCAUUACUGUAACUGAAUCCAAUUGUCAAGAUGUU